GCUCCUCACCCAUGCGGGAGCCCGAGCCUCAGGGGGGUGAGGGGAGAGCUGGGAGCGAGAAGGGGCGGAGCGGAUCGGUGGGCGCGGCAGCGGCGGGAUGCUAACGCGACCAGACACCCAUCCUCUCCGCUCUCCCUCUCCGGAAAGGCCGACUUGAGAGAGACCAGAAAUGAGUGGAAUGCUAUCUUAAACAAGCCAAAAAUCUGUUAUAACCUUUAUUAAAUACUACUUCAAUGAAGAAAGAUUAAAAAAACCCUACAAAAUUACCCCAUUCAGACGUUGGUGAAUAUGUCCCUCAGUCCAAGUCGACCUUCCUCAUCAGAGUUGGUGGAACUUCAUGUUUUUUAUGUCCCUGAAAGAUCUUGGAACUAUCAGUUUAAUAGCAUUUCAAUACAAGUUGUUAACAAAUUAAUUUUAGCUGGAUUUAUAAGAGUAUCUCCUCACCUUACUUUAUAAACCCUGAGGGAGCGACUCGGUGAGUUCCUUGGUGAAGAUCCUGUUGCAGAAAAAUUUUUAUUUCUGAAAUGCAUUGGAAAUAAUCUAGCUGUAGUGAAGGCAAAGCAAGAAUCAGAACUGAAACUCAAAUCAUUUGCUCCUCCAUAUGCUCUUCAACCAGAAUUAUAUUUGCUUCCUAUAAUGGAUCAUUUAGGAAAUAUUUAUUCAGCAUCAUCAGCAGUUUCUUUAGAUGUGCAACAGACUAAUAAUGGUGUUGCUGAGGCUGAUGGAAUAAUACACAGACCACUUAGUGUAACUUUGUCAAAGGAAGAACCUGGAACAGAUCCCAGUUGUUUAGAAAACACUUUGAAAAAGCUUCUUAACAAGAAUCAGGAAGAAGCUGGGGGAAAAGCCACUCCAAAUGAAAAUCAGACUGGAAAUAAUCAAAUUGGAAAUGCUGAAUUGCCAGGAUCACAGGAAGAUUCAGAUAAUGAUUAUUUUAGCGGCAAAAAAAGUCAGCUUCUUUGGAAAACUGAAGAUGAUAGAACUAAUAUCAUUAGAAGAGAGGACAAUCAGCUAGGUAAAAAAGAGUGCAUCAGCCUACCAGACCUUAUUGAUUUUCCUUCAGUUCCUUGUCAACCUGCUCUUUCUCCAGGAAUAACUGAUAUAUUGUUAUUACAGAUAGAGAGAGAGAAUAUUAUCGAACAAAUGAAACAAGUAAAGGAAGAAAGAAGAUAUCUGGAAAGAAUUAGAGAAGAACUAAUAAAAAAAGUUGAAAGGCUAUUGGAACAAGGCAAAUUAAAGCGAUAUCAUGCCUGUGAUGUUUGGAAGAAAAAGUACUUUGAAACAAAGAAAGUUGCAGCAUCAUUGGAGGAGGUUUUAACAAAACUUCGAGAAGAUUUGGAACUUUACUAUAAAAAAUUGCUCAUUCAGCUUGAAGCCAGGGAGAUCAAGAUGAGACCAAAGAAUCUGGCAACCAUCACAAACUCUAAGAGUUACCUUAUCAUUGAGAUCACUGAAGUACAGCAUGCUAUUGACCAACUUAAGAGAAAAUUGGAUACUGACAAAAUGAAACUGAUAACAGAAAUUAAGGUGAGAAAACAAGCAGUUUCAGAUUUACGCACAUUGAAAGCUGAACUGGCCCAGAAGAAAUUUAAUACAUCUUUUGAAUCUCAAUAAGGGAGAGUUGGCUCCUGCAACACAUUGUGACCAGACCAGACUUCGUUCACCAUAAGACAUCACAAAGAG